AUGAGACUGCACCACCUACCCAGCAUCCUCCCUCACAUCCGCUUCAACCUGCUGACCUCAGAUGACACGGCAGCCAUCUUGAACCACCCCCUGGUCAGGGAGGAUCCUGGGAGUAUUCAGGUCAUCAGGAGUGUGGUAUCUUCCACCUUGAAGAAGAGAUUUGGGAUGGACACACUGGAAAUGGCCUGUCUUUUGAUGAUCGGCGAGGUUCUCUGCUUUAACCCCAGGGAAGGGAAAUACACCAAGAUCAGCUUGCCUCCCCCUGAGGAGGGCAAUGCAUUUGCUUCAGUGGCAGGCAUGACAGUUACCAGCAACAAUGAUAUGUACAUCCUUAUUAAUGAGCUGCAUGAUCGUCAGAUAUCUGUGCUCGAGUACAACCAGGCGUGGAAGGAGUGGGAGAAUGCCGGUAUGUCCCCAAUACGACACGGAUUUGGGAUGAAAAAUUCUUUGUUGAAGUUGAAGGACAUCUCUACCUCCUCUCCGUGGAAACUGCCGGUUUCUGGAUGGAAAUGAGUACAUUGGUGUGGACGAGAAGGUACAACCGGGACACGGACGAAUGGCUGGAGUGUUCACAGCUGCAAAUUGUCGAAGGAGAACGUCUGGUAACAUUCUCUGUUGCAGUGCCCUACCGUUCACACAUCUAUUUCCUCACGAACUCAGAAGUGCACCGCUACGACCCAAGCCACGACCAGUGGGACGCCAGGACCCCUCCGAGAACCAUCCCUAAAAUCUGCACAGCCGUUGCCAUGGGGACAGAAAUCUUUUGCACAGACGACGACUUCAGCAAGAUCAUGGUGUACGGCACAGAGUCAGACAGCUGGGAGACACGUGAACCCUGGCUUAACCCUAGGAACCUUGUAAUCACUCCUCCCUACCUCUUUGUACUAGAGAACCAGCUGCACAUAUGGAUAGAGCCUGAUAACAAUUUGGUACAAGAGGGGGAGGAAGAGGACAGUCUUGUCCUUGUCUAUGACAGGUCUGACGAUGCUUGGCUCUCCUGGAGAGACUUGAAGGCCAACCUGCCAACUAUCCCCUGUUAUGCAGUGCAGGGUCACAUGUGUACUAUGGCACGCAUGUACAAAGCACCUACCAUAUCUUGAUGAUAUACAUAGUACAGCAUUCUGCGGGGCAGAAAUGUUUAACAACAUCUCUGAAGUUUUUGACGUUUCUUCAAUUGCACGAUGGAAUAGAUUGCCAAGUAUUAUAAGUAACACUUUUAUAUAUCUCUACCGGAAACUGAGACUUAUUUCUCAUUUUCUUAUUUUCUUUUGUUGACUUGAUUAUUUCGAUUGAGUUUUGUAAGUUGCUUUUACUUCUUAACACACGAAUGAUAAGAAUAUGAUGAGUUGCUUGUUUGUAGAUACAGAUACAUUAUAGCCACAAUGCACCAAUUCCAGAAUGAUUGAUUCUGUAUACAUCUGUAUAUAAAUACCUACUAUGUUUGCAUCUUUGUUAACUAGCAUCAAUGUUGCGGCAGAAUUUGUAUUAUCUAAAAAAAAAAGAUUGGCUCAUACACUGUUCUUUGCUUUGGAAUUGACCAGUGCUGACAAAAACAUACUAACAGUACACAGUACUGCAUAACAUUCUCCCAUCAUACUUUUGAACAAUAUUUUGUCUUGAUGAGUGUUUUUUUAGCUAGAGAUAGAUAAUGUCUUCACAGACUGUUUGCCAUUCUAGCUGUUAACAUCAAGCAUUAAAAGGAGACUUGAUCCAUUUUUUAAUGUCUUAGCAGGAAACCUGUUGUGAAUAGCUUAAUUCAGCACAGAAAAAUGUAAAAGGAAAAAUUGUUCCUUACAAUAAACAAGACAAGCACUGAAUGUUUCAUAAACUUUGGAUACAAAAUAUAUGUGUUGCUUGGAUUUUUGGUAUGUUGUUGCUUUUUGCCUUCUGUAGCCUAACCCAUUUCUUUCAGUAGGCUACAAUUUUCAAUUGUUAUCAAACACAAUUAUUAUGUAACUUAAGUAUGUUUAUUGAUUGCUACUAUAUUACUCAUAAAUGAUGUACAUAAUGUUGUAAACUAGUACAAAAUCCUCCAUUUGAUUAAUAAGAGUUACCUUUGA